UUAUAGACCAACAAAAAAUACAUGAUCAUCCCCUUACCUUUUUCUCUAGACCAGAUUCAUUAAUCUGCAACGUAUGUGGUUUGCUAGAAAAAGAUCCCCCCUAUGUCUGUCUCAGAUGCAACUUUGUAGCUCACGGAGGAUGUGUAGAGUCUCCACACACCAUCAAGAUAUCACGUCACCACCAUCGUAUUUCCCGUGUUUCUUAUCUUCGAUAUGAAAAGUGGCCAUGCGGAGUUUGUCGUCAAAGUAUCGACGGUAAUUAUGGUGCAUAUACAUGUAAGGAAUGUGAUGAUUACUAUGCUGUUCACUCGAAAUGUGCUCUAGGAAAAGAUGUGUGGGAUGGAGAAGAACUCAAAGGUGUACCCGAAAAAAAUGAUAUGGCAAAAGAUGCACCACCGUUCUGCAAAGUAUUUGAAGGAGUGGUCCAUUAUUUUCUUCAUGACCAUCAUCUGCGACUCGAGAAAAACAUACUCUAUGAUGAAAACAAGUUUUGUGAAGCGUGUGUCAUGCCUAUCAUUGAAGAUGAAUUCUAUUCAUGUGCGGAGUGUGACUUCAUCCUCCAUGAAACAUGCCUAAAAGCUCGUCGCAGAAUACAACAUGCGUUACAUCCUCAUCCACUUACAUUAAAGGCUACCAACAAUUACGUUUCGAGUUCGUGCUCAGCUUGUUUUCGUUGUUGUGGUGGCUUUGUUUAUGAGUGUCCGAAACAUGAAUGUUAUUUCAAGCUCGAUGUGAGGUGUGCUUUGAUUUCAGAGCCGUUUGAUUACCAAGGUCAUGAGCAUCCCUUGUUCCUAUCUUUACACCCAAAAGAAUAUGUAUUAUGCGAGGUAUGUAAAUCUAAAUGUAAUGAUUCUCCGUUAAGUUGCAUAAAAUGUGCUUUCAUUAUCUGUAUAAAAUGUGCCACCUUACCAUACAAAGUAAGCUGGUAUAAGAAGGACGAACAUUUUCUCACACUUUCAUGGGGAGAAGAGAGGUGUGAGAAAUAUUGGUGCGAAGAGUGCGAAGAUAUAGUCGAGAGAUUAUUCUAUUGGUGCAAUGAUUGCUGCACCAUCCUUCAUACUCACUGCUUAUUCAGCAAAGAGCCAUAUCUGAAACCUGGUCAAGUUCUCAAAAUAGGAGAGAAGGUGUUUCAAAUUCUCGCCAGAUGUAAUAUUUCUCGGCCAGUUUGCUAUUACUGUAUGAAGCCUUGUCAAGGAAAAAGAUUUACAAGAGAUAACCUGACUGUAUGUUCCUUGAGUUGUGCUUCUAACUAUACUUACGAUUACGAAGAAGAUUGAGUAGAGCUCUGACUCCUAUGCUAUUGUCUUCUUCUUGUUCUUCUUUAUUACUUUGUUUGUUUCAUAAUUAAUAAUAACCUUCGGUUUCUUUCUCUUAUCGUAGUUGGUGUUGAAUCAAAUAAUUGGUAAAGUAUCGUGAAGUUAAAUAAACAAGUAUUCGGAGUCGGCCU